AUGGAGGAGUUGUCACACAAAUUCUUGAUAAAUAGGAGAUGUCACAUAGUUUUUGAUGAUGUACGUACCCCUGAAGAUUGGGCUACCCUUCAAAAUCUACUACCAACCCAAUACAAUGGUAUUAAAAUCAUGAUCACCACUCGCAACAGGAACACGGUACAUGAAUUCUCCACUAAGUGUUUUGUACUUGAAAAACGAGCAUUAAGUGAUAAAGAGGGUUGGGAACUAUUCAAUGUCAGGGUUGGGUUUAAGGUCCCGACGGAGCUAGAAAAUCUUGGGAGAACCAAUGUGAGGAGAUGCAGUGGCCUAUCUUGGGCCAUUUAUGGACUGGGAAAUGAGUUAUCAAAGAGAUCAGCUACCCAGGAGCAAUGGUAUAUUUGGGGAUUUCUGGUGGUUCUUCUCUUCAUGGUCGGAUUUAAAUCACGACAGAGACUUGCUCGACUUGUCGGAAUUCUAAGUCUGACGGGGCAAAAUUGCAUUUUGCCUUCCGUUGUACUCAACUUCUUCACUACUUUUGAGCCCAUUGGGAAUCAGAUCAAAGACCUCAUCCAAAGGGAAAUUGGAAUGGAUCAACCAGUGGGAGACGAUGGGCCCCUUGUUGGCUUAGAGGAAUAUGUGCAACUUCUUACUUCAUAUUUGAUCACAAACAAUGCGGCCAAUAGGGUGGUAUGGAUUGUUGGAUGUCGAGGAAUAAGGAAAACAACUCUUGCCGAGAAGGUUUAUUCCAGUGUCCGCUCCCAUUUUGAUUGCCACACAUGGUUUAGUGUACCUCAGGCAUUAAAUGACAAACCAGCUCGACUAAAAAUAGCAAUUCAGCUUCUCUUGUUUGAAGGAAAGGACAAAGCAAAGCCCAUAGAGGAGUUAUUGCACAAAUUAUUGAUAAAUAGGAGAUGUCUCAUAGUUUUUGAUCAUGUACGGACUCCUAAAGAUUGGGCUACCCUUCAAAAACUACUACCGGCCCAAUACAAUGGUAAUAAAAUCAUGAUCAUCACUCGCAACAGGAACAUGGUACAUGAAUUCUCCACUGAGUGUUUUGUACUUGAAAAGCGAGCAUUAAGUGAUGAAGAGGGUUGGGAACUAUUCAAUGCUAGGGUUGGGUUUAAGAUCCCGACGGAGCUGAAAAAUCUUGGGAGAACCAAUGUGAGGAGGUGCAGGGGCCUACAUUGGGCCAUUUGUGGACUAGGAAACUAG